CGCCUGGUCUGAGGUGGUGAAGGCAAGUCUGGCGCAAGAGGCAGAAGAUGAUAAAUAAACACCCGGGUGACAUAUCACCCCAUAUUUCAAGGGAACAGAUGGCACCAGGGACUUCUCCCAGAUCUACAAGACAUACAGAAGAUGGCCUCAGGAGAAAUGACACCACAGAUUUUAGUCCCCUUUUGCUUUCGACUCCGAUGGAUACAAAUGACUACAGGCAACCUCGAAAAAUGGUAUUAACAAAGAAUACAAGACUUCUGUUUAAAGCUGUCUCUGAAGGGGACACUGAAAUGGUAACAGAUCUACUUUCAGAAGCAAAGACCAAUUAUAAGCCAAACGCAAAGGUGUCGCUCAAAGAUUUCUUAAUGGAUAAUUUAACCUCAAAGGAAACUGGAAAAACCUGCCUGAUGAAGGCCUUACUAAAUAUAAAUGAGAAGACACCAGAGAUUGUGAACAUUCUUCUUACAUUUGCAAAAGAAAAUUACUUUUUGGAGCCAUUUAUUAAUGCAGAGUACACAGAAGAGAAUUAUAAGGGCCAGACUGCUUUAAAUAUUGCCAUCGAAAGACGACAAAUCGAGCUGGUAAAGUGCCUAAUUGAAAAAGGUGCAAGUAUUGAUGUAAGGGCUCAGGGACGAUUCUUUAAUCCAAAGAACAAAUAUGAAGGAUUUUAUUUUGGUGAAACUCCAUUGUCACUAGCUGCAUGCACAAAUCAACCCGAGAUAGUGCAGUUUAUAAUGGAUAAAUGCCCAACUAUUGGCACCAGGCAGGACUCUCUGGGAAACACGGUGCUUCAUGCUUUGGUCAUCGUGGCGGACAAUUCGGAAGCACAAAAUGAUUUUAUUAUACGAAUGUAUGACACGAUCCUUAGAAACUGUAAAAACAAAUCGCUAGAACUGAUUCCUAAUAACGAAGGCCUCACAUCAACGCAACUAGCAGCAAAAUUGGGGAGAACAGAGAUCCUUCACUAUAUACUAAGUCGGGAAAUCAAAGAGAAAGAAAACAUGGUUCUCUCUCGUAAAUUCACAGACUGGGCUUAUGGACCGGUCUCUUCUUCUUUGUAUGAUUUAACUGGCAUAGACACCUGCUGGCCAAACUCUGUACUGGAAAUUGCCGUUUAUAACACCAAUAUCGAUAACCGUCAUGAGCUGUUAACUUUGGAACCACUGCACACUCUUCUGCAAAUGAAAUGGAAAAAGUUUGCAAGAUACAUGUUCUUUAUGUCUUUCCUCUUAUCCUUCACCUACAACAUUGCUCUGACUCUCGUGUCUUAUUAUAGGCCACGUGAAGAACAGGAGCUUUAUCCAUUGAGUCUGUCUUAUGAAAAAGGAUGGUUACAAUUACUUGGGCAAAUGUUUAUAAUUGUUUGUGCCACAUACUUGAUGGUGAAAGAGCCCGUUGUCAUGUUUUUGGGCAAACAGUCUGAUCUAAAAUCUGUGCUGGCAGAUGCCUGGUUCCAUAUCCUUUUUUUUAUACAAGCACUCCUGGUUAUAGUCUCAGUUUUCUGUUAUUUAUUUUCCGUGGAUUUUUAUCUUGUGUUCCUUGUCUUGGCCAUGGCACUUGGAUGGUUGAAUUUACUUUAUUAUACAAGAGGAUUUCAGUCGUUGGGGAUAUACAGCGUUAUGAUCCAAAAGAUAGUGGAACAUGUGAAUAAUUAUUGUGUCUAUUUAUUUGCAGCGCUCGCAUCAUUACUUGAGAACUGUGAAGGUGGAGCCCAAUGUCAAAGCUUAAGUCUGGCCUUAGUGGAACUGUUUGAACUCACCGUAGGAUUACGAGGGCUGGAAAUGGAGAAGGAUCCAAAAUACCCAGUCCUGUUCCUUUUUCUUCUCAUAACAUUUGUGAUACUGACGUUUGUGCUGCUCUUUAACAUGCUCAUUGCCCUGAUGGGGGAGACUGUGGAAAAAAUAUCCCAGGAAAGUGAGCACAUCUGGCGCCUUCAGAGGGCGCGGACAAUUUUAGAGUUUGAGAAAAGCCUCCCAGCCUGGCUGCAGAACAGAUUUCAGAUGGGAGAAUCAUGCACCGUCUCGAAGGGUGACAGGAUCUGCUUAAGAAUAAAUGAAGUGAAAUGGACUGAAUGGAACAACCAUGUUACCUGUAUAAAUGAAGAGCCUGUGUUACCGAGUGUUGCUGAUACCAAAGAAACACAAACAGCAAGUGAAGAGGAACUUGAUAGUUUUGAUAAAUCUCCUGGAGACCCGGAGGAUCAAGCGCUGGAGAUUUCCGCUACACCGUCCUCUCGAUUUCUAUACUGUGAAAGCAGAUGUUGACCCAACAAUCAUUGCUGUUAUUUUUCUAAAUAACCAAAACCUUUACUGUGAAUAUGUUUUUUAACCGGGUCUACCAUGUUGCACCGCCUUUAUUACCCAAGCAAAGAAAUUCUUGCGAAUACCGUAUAUGUUUUCGCCAGUCUACUAACCUUCGGUAAAUAUAAAUUUGCAAAUUUUCUUGCGCAAAAAUAUGCUUUCGCCAUUUAUAGCAUUCGCUAUAGCAUGCCGUAAAAGUAUUUUUUCGCCAGAAAAUUUUCAAGGGGCAGGAAAAAUACCAUAAUACUUCUUUUUACCCAUCAUUCUUUGCUGACAGGAGAGAGAUCUGUAGCUGUUGCUGUCAGGAUGUUUUGGCUUCUGCU